GAGUUCCGGAAGCCUGGAGAGCCCAGGUUCUGCUAGGAAAAGCCAAGCUUCCCAGAGAAUGUUUCAGGAACAGUUACUUGGAGCGGGGCGUUUCGCAGACUCCUAAGAGACCUUUAGAGAAGGCAUGGCUUGCAGAGAUGAGAAUAUGAAGCGGACAAACAGAGUGCUAAGAAUAAGCCAGUUGGAUGCACUUGAACUAAACAAGGCCCUGGAGCAACUCGUUUGGUCCCAGUUUACUCAGUGCUUUCAUGGAUUUAAGCCAGGGCUGUUAGCCCGCUUUGAACCAGAGGUGAAAGCAUUCUUGUGGCUUUUCUUAUGGAGAUUCACCAUCUACUCUAAAAAUGCCACCGUGGGACAGUCAGUUUUGAAUAUUCAGUACAAGAACGAUUUUUCCCCAAACCUGAGAUACCAGCCACUGAGCAAAAAUCAAAAGCUGUGGUAUGCCAUCUGUACAAUCGGUGGGAAGUGGUUAGAAGAACGAUGCUACGAUUUGUUUCGAAACCGUCACGUAGCAUCCUUCAGGAAAGCCAAGCAGUGCAUGAAUCUCGUGGUUGGACUUUUGAAGCUGGGCAGGUUGAUUAAUUUCUUGAUUUUCCUUCAAAGGGGCAAGUUCGCAACUUUGACCGAGCGUCUGCUGGGCAUCCAUUCUGUGUUUUGCAGGCCCCAAAAUGUCCGAGAAGUAGGCUUUGAGUAUAUGAAUAGAGAACUCCUCUGGCACAGCUUUGCCGAGUUUCUGAUUUUCCUCUUACCACUUGUCAGUAUCCAGAAGUUGAAAGCCAAGCUCUCUUCAUGGUGUAUCCCUCUGACCAGAGCUCCAAGCAGUGACAGCACGCUGGCCACCAGCGGCAGACAGUGUUCUCUGUGUGGGGAGUGGCCCACCAUGCCUCACACCAUAGGCUGCGAGCAUGUUUUCUGUUACUACUGUGUGAAGAGCAGCUUCUUAUUUGAUGUGUCCUUUGCUUGUCCUAAGUGCGGCACAGAGGUUCACAGCCUGCAGCCACUGAAAUCAGGAAUCGAGAUGACAGAAGUGAAUGCCCUUUAG